GGAGGUGGGAGGAAGUUGGUUUGAGAUGAUUGGCAUCAUACAAAACAGGGGGCGGGGGCUCCCCAUCACUCAUUGCUCAAAUGAGCCAAAAAGGGUAAUCCUACCCAUCCCCCCCCCCCCCCCCCCCACUAACUCGGCCAAGACCAAGGAAAGGAAGAAAGGAAGCUCUGAAACCCCAUUCUCCCACAGCCAAAUCCGAGCUAAGCCCAAGGAGGUCAAAGUGAGAAAUUUAAAGAAGAAGAAGGAAGGAAAAGUAGGGUGGUUAAGAGUUGAAAGGGUCGCCGGAGUUGUCGCCGGAGUUCGUUGAAGUUCGCCGGAGUUUCGCCGGAGCUAAAUCGGGAAGGCUAAAACUUCAUAAGCUUCAUUAAGCCCCAUGUGAUACCACGUUUACUCUAAAGUUGAGGUACGGAGGAAGAGUGAGUGAGAGUAGCAGACCAUUUUACAGGGGAGGUAUACUACACAUUUGUUUUCUGAUGUAGAUGUGGAUGAGUUUGGCUUAAUUGUGUUGAAAGAGAAACUAGAAGAAGUUGGUUGCACAAAGAAGUUAAGAACAGUCUUUUGCUAUUCAAAUUCUUCACUAAAUGAACUGAAAGGUGACUCUGAAACUGCUUCAACCUAGAACAAGAAAACCAAAAUCUGCACCAAGGCAUAGUGGAGGAAGUGUUGGUGAAAGUGCUGGUAAUGAGGAUGUGGGAACACCCAAGGUUUCUGCUUUAGAUGAGGACAACCUUAUGGAUAUCAAUAUGCAAUAUGAAGACUUCCCAUCUUUAGGACUUGAGUUUCCUAUUGUUGUUUCAGUGGAAGAUACUUCAAUGUUCACUCAAGUGAGUGACCAAGAAGUUGAAAAACUAAGUGGCCAAGAUGCUGAAAGAGAGACUGGAGAAGGGACUGAAACCCAAAGUCAGGAUAGUGCUGCAAACCAGAGUGAUGCUAUUGAUGAAAACAAGAUUGAUGAUGUUGACAAAGACAACACCCAUGGGUUUGAGCAAAGAAAUACUCAUGGGGUCAGGAUAAGCUUUGGAUCACCCCCUCCUUCUAAGAAUUUCAUUUCAAAAGGUGCACAACCACAAGGGGUGAACUCAGGACAUGGAAAACCAAAACUCAAAAAACUUGACAUAAAAAAAGGACCAACCUAUUCUACCAGAUCCAAAACGACCUUCAAGUCUGUUUUUUUGGGAAUGAUGCAGACCCAAUUGACCUUGGCUAGUGUUUGAUGUCAAUCAUUUGGAAAGGACUGUAGGGGCUUCCAUUUUGCUGUAGGUUUUAUUGUAGUGUUUGUUGUACCAUGAACUUCAGUGUAGUUAUCACUAUGUUUUUUGCCCACCAGGAGAUAUUACAGGUUGCUAUGUGUAAAUGGUGGUUGUUUUGGAAGUACAAAACAUUUGCUAUGAAUGUAAUUUUAGUG